AGUAUCCUCGAUCGAGGGUCCAAAGCUGUGCCGCAUUCUCCUCUGCCGGCAGUGGAGCAGUGGCUCUGACAUAGACAGGCUUUGAGAAGGGGGUCAGUGAAUCCAUGGUUCAGGAAUUACCCCCAACAAAAGUGUAGUCACCUUAUCUUGCACUAUGGCUGUCAACAGCUUGCCUUGGGAUUGUAGAGCAAACCACAUUGGCUUUGAAUGAAACUGGAGGGGACAGCAGGCAUUGGGAAGGAAAUUGAGAGUUGUGACUGCUAAAGGUUUUUCACGGCAAAGAAGUCUGGGACAACCGCAAAAACUACUGCAUUCCACAUUAUGGACCAGGAAAAAGUGCCCGACGACCGAACGGGCAACGACGAUUCACGUGAAGAAAAGGACGCAAAGCGCGCUAAAACCGACCCUGAACAACCUGCUGCCAAGGUAGAGGUCAGAAAACCACAGUAUGAGUUAAAAUACUCCCUUGUCGGCCAUCGAAUGUCUGUGUCCAGCGUGAAGUUUUCUCCCGAUGGCAAAUGGCUGGCUAGUUGCUCGGCGGACAAAACAAUCAAAAUUUGGAACGCAUUGGAUGGUAAAUUCGAGCAGACACUGGAAGGUCAUACUCAAGGCAUUUCAGACGUCGCAUGGGCUUCUGAUUCGCUGUACCUAUGCUCGGCAUCCGACGAUAGAACGAUAAGAAUUUGGAGUCUUAAUUCUCGAGAAACGGUUAAAAUCCUUCGUGGGCACACCAAUUACGUAUUCUGCGUCAAUUAUAACCCACAAUCCAACCUCAUAGUCUCUGGUUCAUUCGAUGAAAGCAUCAAAAUCUGGGAUGUCAAGAAAGGCAAAUGUAUGAAGACUCUAAGUGCACAUUCAGAUCCAGUCUCAGCUGUUCAUUUUAAUAGAGAUGGUACUAUGAUUGUAUCAUGUAGUCAUGAUGGAUUGAUUCGCAUUUGGGAUACAGCAACCGGUACAUGUUUAAAGACUCUAGUGGAUGAUGAUAACCCCCCAGUUUCGUUCGUUAAAUUCUCGCCCAACGGCAAAUACAUUUUGGCAUCGACUCUUGACAACACGUUACGGCUUUGGAAUUUCCACACGGGAAAAUGCCUAAAGACUUACAAAGGACACGAAAAUAACAAGUACUGUGUAUUUGCUAGCUUUAGCGUCACAGGUGGUAAAUGGAUUGUAAGUGGCAGUGAAGACCAUUGCAUUUAUAUCUGGAAUCUUCAAAGUAAAGAGAUUGUACAGAAACUAGAAGGCCAUUCAGAUGUGGUUCUAUGUAUUGCAUGUCAUCCCACUAUGAACAUUAUUGCAUCGGGGUCUAUCGAUAAGGAUAAGUCGGUCAAACUAUGGUUCGAUCGUUCUGCACCUCAACCUUUGCCAUCGGCCUGAUAUAUCACUUUUAUUCUUUCUAUGUCUUCGUCGUGGUCUUGCAUAUUUGGUAUCUUUUUCGGAUUGUAUUCCCAUUGUCAUGUCCUUGCCUAAUUAAAUAGGAAUAUCAAUCUAUCUGUUUGAACUAACAUGUUCUUGUGGUGGUGUCAUGAUUCGAUUUUCAUGAUCUCCUCUUUCGCAUUUCGAGACAGCCUAUCUACGUCCAGCGAUGAAUUGCCU